AUUUUUGCCAUGACCAAGAUUGCGUACUUCGACUGCUCAGCCGGCGCCGCCGGCGACAUGAUCCUCGCGUCGCUCAUCGAUGCUGGCGCCCCGAUCGCCGACAUUGAGGCCGGCCUCGCGACCAUCUUUGCCAUCCGCGGCGAGUGGGGCCUCGCCACCGAGCGCGUCUGGAAGAGCACGGGCCGCAUCGCCGCCACCAAAGUCAAUGUCUCGUCCGUGCACAAGCACGCGCCGACGGCACCUCCAGGGACCCCGCCCCGUGACCACCACCAUGAUCAUGAUCAUGACCACCACCAUGAUCAUGACCACCACCAUGAUCAUAGCCACGGUCAUGGGCAUCACCAUGACCAUGAUGACGACGAGGAUCACGACCAUGCCCACGACCACGAGCGCAAUUUGGCGAGUAUCUGUGCGAUGCUGGACGCCAGUGGACUCUCGCCAUGGGUGCGAGAGAAGAGCAAGGACGUGUUUGCGUGCUUGGCGCGCGCCGAAGCCCGCGCCCAUGGAACCAGCGUCGACCACGUGCAUUUCCAUGAAGUCGGUGCGAUCGACAGCAUCAUCGAUACGGUCGGGUCGGUGCUCGCCCUCGAGCUUCUGCACGUCGACGAGGUGCACUGCUCGCCGCUGCCGUACUCGAACGGCUUUGUCAAGUGCAUGCACGGCCUCAUGCCGGUGCCCGUGCCUGCGACGCUCGACCUCAUGCAAGGCGUCCCCGUCAUCCCGGCGCCCAAAGGCGCAACGGGAGAGCUCGUGACGCCGACGGGCAUGAGUCUCAUGAAGGCGCUGGCCACCUCGUUUGGCCCACCACCGGCGUUCAUCCCGCAUACGCACGGGAGCGGCGCCGGCACCAAGGACUUUCCUGGCCACGCCAACAUUGUGCGCGUCGUCAUUGGUGACGCGACGCAUCCAGUGAGUCGUCCGACGCCAAGCCCAAGCAACGACGAGAGCGUUGUCGUCCUCGAGACGAACCUCGAUGACAUGAACCCGCAGAUUCUAAGCCACGUCCAAGAGCUUCUCUUUGAACAAGGGGCGCUGGACGUGUGGUGGCAGCCCAUCCAGAUGAAGAAGAACCGACCGGGUAUUCUUCUCUCCGUGCUCUGCCAGCCUGACGGCGUCAACGCGCUCUCCAACACGCUGUUUUGCGAAACCACAACCCUAGGCAUUCGCCGGCGCACGAUGGAGCGAGCGGUGCUCAAGCGGUCGUUCCUUACGGUCACCUCGCUGUAUGGCCCGGCCUCGGUCAAGGUGGGGUAUCUCAACGGCGCGCCUGUGAACGUCCAGCCAGAGUUUGACGACUGCCAGAAGCUCGCGCUUGCCGCCAACGUCCCGAUCAAGACGGUCCUGGCCGAGGUCCAAGCACUCGCCCGAGCCUGCUUGAAGAAGGAAGCGCCCAUGGCCUAGUCGCUACGUCUCCCUAGCAACAAAUCUCUACCGCUGUGUAUAAAAUGCUUGUUGAGCUGAAGCAAAGUCCAAGUCGUUCCGUGUG